AUGACGAACGUGGCGGAUAAACCGGAGUACAGAAUUCCAAAGGGAUUGAGAGAACUUCUUGAAGAGUUUUCUGGAGAGAUCUUAAGGCAUCAACCGGACAAUAUUCCACUAUAUUUAGCAGACUACAUCGAUAGAAAAUUGCGAGAACAGGAGCAAGGUCCGCAAGGAGGGCGACGAGAUGAUCAAAAGGAAGUAAACACGCUGUUUGGGCCACCAGGUUCAAAGCAACCGUAUGACCAAGGAAAAGACCCGUACAAUGAUCAACAAGGAGGAAAAGGAAUGCCAGGCCAAGGACAAAUGCCAAGCCAGGGUCAAAUGCCCGGCCAAGGACAAAUGCCAAGCCAGGGUCAAAUGCCCGGCCAAGGUGGAAUGCCCGGACAAGGUCAAAUUCCCGGUAUGGGUGGAAUUCCUGGUCAGGGGCAAAUACCAGGACAAGGACAAGGGCAAAUGCCAGGUCAAGGUCAAAUACCAGGACAAGGGCAAAUGCCAGGACAAGGGCAAAUGCCAGGACAAGGACAAAUGGCUGGACAGGGUCAAAUGCCAGGUCAAGGUGGAAUGCCCGGACAAGGUGGAAUGCCCGGACAAGGUCAAAUGCCCGGUGUGGGUGGAAUUCCUGGUCAGGGGCAAAUACCAGGACAAGGACAAGGGCAAAUGCCAGGUCAAGGUCAAAUACCAGGACAAGGGCAAAUGCCAGGUCAGGGUCAAAUACCAGCACAAGGUCAAAUGCCAGGGCAAGGUGGAAUGCCCGGACAAGGACAAAUGGCUGGACGGGGUCAAAUGCCAGGACAAGCAGGAAUGACCGGUCAGAGUGGAAUGUCCAGUCAAGGUCAAAUGCCAGGACAAGGACAACUGGCUGGACAAGGUCAAAUGACCGACCAAGGAGGAAUGCCUGGACAAAUGGCUGGACAGGGUCAAAUACCAGGACAAGGACAAAUACCUAGACAGGGUCAAAUACCAGGACAGGGUCAAAUGGCUGGACAGGGUCAAAUACCAGGACAAGGACAAAUGGCUGGACAGGGUGGACAAGGACAAAUGGGUGGACAGGGUCAAAUGUCAAGCCAGGGUCAAAUGGCGGGGCAGGGUCAAAUGCCAGGACAGAGUCAAAUGGCGGGGCAGGGUCAAAUGGCGGGGCAGGGUCAAAUGAACGACCAAGGAGGAAUGCUGGGACAAGGACAAAUGGCUGGACAGGGUCAAAUGGCUGGACAGGGUCAAACGGCUGGACAGGGUCAAACGGCUGGACAAGGUCAAAUGCCAGGACAAGGUCAAAUGUCAAGCCAGGGUCAAAUGGCAGGACAGAGUCAAAUGGCAGGACAGAGUCAAAUGAACGACCAAGGAGGAAUGCUGGGACAAGGACAAAUGGCUGGACAGGGUCAAAUGGCUGGACAGGGUCAAACGGCUGGACAGGGUCAAACGGCUGGACAAGGUCAAAUGCCAGGACAAGGUCAAAUGUCAAGCCAGGGUCAAAUGGCAGGACAGAGUCAAAUGGCGGGGCAGGGUCAAAUGAACGACCAAGGAGGAAUGCUGGGACAAGGACAAAUGGCUGGACAGGGUCAAAUGGCUGGACAGGGUCAAACGGCUGGACAGGGUCAAACGGCUGGACAAGGUCAAAUGCCAGGACAAGGUCAAAUGUCAAGCCAGGGUCAAAUGGCAGGACAGAGUCAAAUGGCAGGACAGAGUCAAAUGAACGACCAAGGAGGAAUGCUGGGACAAGGACAAAUGGCUGGACAGGGUCAAAUGGCUGGACAGGGUCAAACGGCUGGACAGGGUCAAACGGCUGGACAAGGUCAAAUGCCAGGACAAGGUCAAAUGUCAAGCCAGGGUCAAAUGGCAGGACAGAGUCAAAUGGCGGGGCAGGGUCAAAUGAACGACCAAGGAGGAAUGCUGGGACAAGGACAAAUGGCUGGACAGGGUCAAAUGUCAAGCCAGGGUCAAAUGGCGGGGCAGGGUCAAAUGCCAGGACAGAGUCAAAUGGCGGGGCAGGGUCAAAUGGCGGGGCAGGGUCAAAUGAACGACCAAGGAGGAAUGCUGGGACAAGGACAAAUGGCUGGACAGGGUCAAAUGGCUGGACAGGGUCAAACGGCUGGACAGGGUCAAACGGCUGGACAAGGUCAAAUGCCAGGACAAGGUCAAAUGUCAAGCCAGGGUCAAAUGGCAGGACAGAGUCAAAUGGCAGGACAGAGUCAAAUGAACGACCAAGGAGGAAUGCUGGGACAAGGACAAAUGGCUGGACAGGGUCAAAUGGCUGGACAGGGUCAAACGGCUGGACAGGGUCAAACGGCUGGACAAGGUCAAAUGCCAGGACAAGGUCAAAUGUCAAGCCAGGGUCAAAUGGCAGGACAGAGUCAAAUGGCGGGGCAGGGUCAAAUGAACGACCAAGGAGGAAUGCUGGGACAUGGUCAAAUUUCUGGACAGGGUCAAAUGGCCGGCCAAGGUGGACUGUUCAGCCAAAUGCCUAAUCAGAGUGGACUGCCGAGUCAAGGCGAAAUGCAAGGUCAAAUGACCAGCCCGACUGGGAUGCAAGGUCAAAUUACCAGCCCGACUGGGAUGCAAGGUCAAAUUACCAGCCCGAGUGGGAUGCAAGGUCAAAUGACCAGCCCGAGUGGGAUGCAAGGUCAAGGAGGUUAUCAAUCCACCGGUCAAAUGAAUGAGGCUGGAUUAAGUGGACAAAAUAAUAUUGCCACUGGGGAAGAUAUCUCCAAUCAGUCCGGUAGAUCUUUCCCUACAAGUAGCGUCUCAAACCUAUCUCAGCCCCCAAGAAGUGACUUGUCAAUUGCGAGCUCAACAAAUAGUGGAGUUGCUCAAAGUUCUUAUACAGGACAAAUGCCAGGUCAGGACGGGAAUAUAUCGCAAAGUUCAAGUCAGACAGGAUUACCCGGACAAAUGCAAGGUCAGAUCCCCGGCCAGGGCGAAAUGCAAGGUCAAAUGCCCGGACAGGGCCAAAUGCAAAAUCAAGGCGAAAUGCAAGGUCAAAAUGGUUAUACUUCACAAGUUUCGGGGAGUCAGGCAGCAUUUCCGGGGCAAAUUUCCGGACAAGGAGGGGCACAAGGUCCUGUUCAGAGUCAAGGUGGAAUGUUAGCAAUGAACCAAGGUGCUUACCCAGGACAAAUUCCAGGUCAAGCCGGGGCAGGGCGAAAUGCAAAAUCAAUUUCCGAGCCAAAGACAAAUGCAAAAUCAAUUUCCGAGCCAAAGACAAAUGCAAAAUCAAUUUCCGAGCCAAAGACAAAUGCAAAAUCAAUUUCCGAGCCAAAGACAAAUGCAAAAUCAAUUUCCGAGCCAAAGACAAAUGCAAAAUCAAUUUCCCAGCCAAGGACAAAUGCAAAAUCAAUUUCCUAA